CUUUCAAAAUCUGACGAGAACGUACGCGUUACCGUCGCAAGUGGUGCUAGAUUGGAAAGUUUGUUUUGUUUACCCCAAGUGCGUGCGUGCUUCUUAUGUGUUUAAACAGUGCGUGUGUGGGCCGCAGUUGUGCCUCAACAUUCGUUCCGUGACACGCAUCCUUUUCCGGGCAAAGUGCAGUCGAAAUUACCGGCCGCCGUGAAACGUGCACCUCGACUGUGCUCACGUGCGCAUUUUAAUGUCAUAAUGCGUUGCGGUGGUGUGGUCCCAUUUUUUCACCCCACCCCGUAAAAGUUUUCAUUCAGAAAAAGUGUUGACAUUACGUCAUCCGUUGCCGGGCAACCGACGGCGCCGUGACAUGCAACCCCCCAGCUUAUGAUUUUUUCCUCGCGGCAUGCACCAAGGAGAGGCGUCUCGAACUGUCAAGGAGCGCCCGCGUGGUUGACAGCCGAUCCUUUCCCAUAAAGUCUAAAUGCAAGUGAUACUUGAUGUUCGGUGACUGGGGAUCUACCGGUAUGCAUUUAACUGCAACAUCCCAAACAGCAACGGGAACGGCGGCCUCUCCCGAGGGCACUAGUCUAAUAAACGACACCUACACGAAGAUGACGUCCGACAUACUCGCCGAAAGGACGCUUAGCGAUUUCCUGGCGGAACAUCCAGGUGAAUUAAUUCGAACGGGUAGUCCGCUGUUCGUCUGCACCGUCCUUCCGCCGCAUUGGAGAUCGAAUAAAACGCUACCCGUCGCAUUCAAGGUGGUCGCCUUGGGCGACAUUGGAGACGGAACCGUAGUCACAAUCCGAGCCGGAAACGACGAGAAUUACUGUGCGGAACUGAGGAAUUCGACGGCGGUCAUGAAAAACCAGGUCGCCAAAUUCAACGACUUGAGAUUCGUCGGCCGAAGCGGCCGAGGUAAAAGUUUCACCUUGACGAUUAUGGUCUCCACGACGCCUCCGCAAGUAGCCACGUAUAACAAGGCGAUUAAGGUGACGGUCGACGGACCUAGAGAACCCCGCUCUAAAACCAUGUUAUCUCUUUUAGGACAACAGCAACAGUUUCACUUUGCCUUUGGUCAACGUCCAUUUCCAUUCGCAACGACGGAUCCUUUAUCGGGCUUUAGAAUGCCCCCAAUUGGCAACUGCAACAAUAUGCCACAGUUUGGAUUGAGUACAACAAAUUCGCAUUGGGGUUACAGUACAGGUGCCUACUCGCCUUAUUUAACACCGAGUUCUCUGGGAUCGUGUGCCGCACCUACGCCAUCCCAAUUCAACACACCCGCGCUCGGAUUUUCUGGCACCGCACCAGAUCAAACAUCAAAUCAAGAUGCAUUUGGAUCAAGUGCCGCGGUCACUUCAAUCCUUCCAGACACUACGGCAACCGACCUGGACCAGCACUUGGGAUUGAUGUCCUCGCAAACGCACACCAAUCACACGCAAGGUGGUACGCAUCCCUCGUCACUUUUAGUGCCGCGAUACACGUCGAACCAUUCCGAGUUUGCUCUUUCGGGACCGAGAUCGCUGUCGGAUAAUUCGAGUGCGGCCGAAAGUCCGGUGCAAGACGAAUUGAUAAACUCUCAGGGGACGCACGUUAACAACGCGAACUUUCCCCUGCAUCAAAAUAUGACGCCGACAAGCUACUCGAGCGCGAACUGCAACAACUCCCUCUACCCGGUCCUGCCGGCAAGCCUAUUAUAUUCGCAGUUGUACUCCGCCGCGAACCAGACGCAUAACUUUCACUCCCUCCACUCUCAUACCGCCCAAGGUCACCACAACGACCUUCAAUCGGUGAUGGACCAUCUGUCCACCUCGAAUCAACGGCAGAUGAACGGCACGACGGACUUGCUGCUAUCAAACAACGUGACGUGCGCGAAUGCCGCUUCGAGACAGGACGACGCCCAUUCAAGGGCGCUAACGAGCAACGGAGGACAAAGAGGACCAGGCCAAAGCGGCGAUGUUGCCGUUUGGAGGCCAUACUGAGAAGAACUGGAAACUAUGGGAUUUUCGUUCUUUGAUUGUUAACUAAACCUAAGUGAUGUUUUUGGUGCAAUAUUUACCUUCGCCGUGUGCGCACAUGGAAGUUUUCUACCUCUCUCGAUUUGCCUCCUGGGCAAAGUAAAUAAAAGAUGUGCAAUGUAGUAAAACCAAACUCGUUAGUGAUAUUAUUUUAAUGAAGUUGUUAAAAGGAACGGUACUGUGAAUAUCUAAAAUAUUGGGUAGAUGUACAAAAUAAAUAUUUAUUGUUCAUUCUUUUCGGUUAUCAAAUUACUAAUGUACAUACUAUGAAUUGUGAUUCAUUUCGUUGUUACAUACAUACAUUUUUAAUGUUUGCAGUGUAAUUUAGUUGCUGAUGAGCU